UAUGAACGCUGAUGGGAUCGAGAGGAGAGAGUGCACAGGGAAGCGGCGGCGGUGCUACAGUACCCGCGACGCUACAGUACCGCGGGUACUGUUCACGAGAUGGGAGGGCUGCGAGGGCGAGAGAGUGGCGGCUAGGGUUGGGGGCGCUGGGAACGCCGGCCGCGGGGCUUCGCCCACGGUCGGCAAGAGAGAAGGUCAUGCAAAAGCACCUUUAGAAGUAAUUGUGUGUCCUUCCAUGCUGCUCAAGACAUUGGCAGUUGGAAAAAAAAGGAUUCUACUGCUACUUUACGGCUUUAAGGUGGGAACAGCAUGCUGCGUGGCCAUUUACCCCCCCCCCCCCCCCCCCGAACCUGAAGCAAAGCAAAGGUAAAAAAACUGCCAUUCUACUGUAUUUGGGGGGACUUCACGGUGACCUGCGCAUCCUGCACCUACAACUCUGAAACUGUACCUGGCAGCCUCCGAUUUUGACUGCCUUGCCUUCUUUUCCCAUCAAGGCUGGUAUGAACACAAGAAACUCGAUCAGGAAGCUAUCAACCUUAACGGACAGGGCUAUAUCCUACAUCCUCCAGAUUCCUACACCCACCGGCAUUUUUCCUUCCAUUGACAAUGUUUUGAGCAUCAUGCACACAGAAAUCUGCCAUUGAAUACAAGUCUCCAUAUUUUCCUUCUCCCAUCUCCGUACCAGAACAGGAUAGCCAACAUUGGUUAAGGUAUUUUAGAGUGUGAGGCCAAAAAUAUUGAUUUAUUGUUUAAAUCCUUUUUUGGAAUAAAAUAGGGGAAUUUAUUGAUCGCUGUAUUUCCUGCUUUAAAUCCAUUAGAGAUCCAAAGGGAUAGCACAGUUUCUUUGAUCUUUGUCCAUUCAAACAUAAACACAUUGAGUAAAAAUGCAUUUCUUCUAAUUUGCAUCUCUA